UGGGCGCCGAGGCCACCCCAAGGCCAACAAACACACCAGCUCAGAUCUCAUCUCAUCUCAUCUCAUUCUCAGCUAGCAGAAAGAGAUCGCAGAGCAACUCGCUCGAGGCGUGUUAGAGACGCGGAGGCAGCUGCUACCGAAGGCGCAGGACUCGCCGUCAUCGUUGCCGGACUUGCUCAGAAGUUGGGAGAUGGAGACCGUCGUGGGCGACCUCAUGGCCACCGAGCUCAGGCUUGGCCUGCCGGGCACCGUCGACGAGAUGAAGGCCGCGGCGCUGUCCGCGCCGUCGACGCCUAGGGGCAAGAAGCGCACCACCGCCGACGCCGUGGAGGACGCCGCCGCCGAGGAGGCCGGCAAGCGUGAUGUCGAGGCAGCACCUCCUGCAGCCAAGGCCCCCGUCGUAGGUUGGCCACCGGUGAGGUCAUACCGGAGGAGCUGCUUCCAGGCGAGCAGCAAGCAGAGCAAGGCGACCAAAGAGGAGGCGGCGCCCAGCAGCAACGCCGCGCCAUCCGCGGCCGCGAACACCACCACCACCGGCGGCUCCUUCGUCAAAGUGAGCAUGGACGGCGCCCCCUACCUGAGGAAGGUGGACCUGAGGAUGUACAAGGGCUACAGGGAGCUCCGGGAGGCGCUGGAGGCCAUGUUCGUCUCCUCCAACAACGGCGGCGCGAACCUGUCCGAGUUCGCCGUCACCUACGAGGACAAGGACGGCGACCUGAUGCUCGUCGGCGACGUGCCAUUCGAGAUGUUCGCUAGCACUUGCAAGAAGCUGAGGAUCAUGAAGAGAUCUGAAGCCACAGGCCUGGGGUCAGCGAGACAAUGAAGAUCGAUCUGAGGGCCAGACAGCAUGUCAAGAGCUUCUUGUUUCUUUUUAUUAUUUUUGUUCUUCUGGUUGGAGAUCCCCAAGCCAAAGGAUGAGCUUGGUGCAUCAGAGCGCUCACAUGGAUGUGUGCGGCUUUGGUUCUAUAAGACAAUUAGGUCUUUUAGCAGCACAAAGGAGAUGCUGAGGUUGCUUCAGUUAACUCUCCAUGUGUUUGUACAAACGAAACACAGUUAUAUUGAUCGUUGAUUAUUACUUGAAA